GCCGCGGCCGCAGCGGCGCGGUGGCGGGGAUGGAGCCCUGGAAGCAGUGCGGGCAGUGGCUGAUCAGCUGCAAGGUGCUGCCGCCCAACCAUCGGGUCACCUGGGACACGGCCCAGGUCUUCGACCUGGCGCAGACCCUGCGCGACGGCGUCCUGCUCUGCCAGCUGCUCAACAACCUCCGCAGCCACUCCAUCAACCUCAAGGAGAUCAACCUGCGCCCUCAGAUGUCCCAGUUUCUCUGCUUGAAGAAUAUAAGGACUUUUCUUUCGGCAUGUUGUGAAAUAUUUGGAAUGAAGAAAAGUGAACUUUUUGAAGCAUUUGAUUUGUUUGAUGUGAGAGAUUUUGGAAAGGUGAUAGAAACGCUUUCUAAGCUUUCCCGCACUCCUAUUGCAUUAGGCACAGGAAUAAGGCCCUUCCCUACAGAAGAAAGUGUCGAUGAUGAAGAUAUCUACAAAGGUCUUCCUGAUUUAAUAGAUGAAACUGGUGUUGAGGAAGAUGAGGAGUUGUAUGAUUGUGUCUAUGGAGAAGAUGAAGGUGGGGAAGUUUAUGAAGACCUAAUGAAAGAUGAAGCAGCACAGCAACCUAAAUGUCCUGAAAAUGACAUAAGAAGCUGUUGUCUUGCUGAAAUAAAGCAAACUGAGGAGAAGUACACUGAAACUCUGGAAUCGAUUGAGAAAUUUUUCAUGGUGCCAUUGAAAAGGUUUCUGUCAGCAUCAGAGUUUGAUACUGUUUUCAUCAACAUUCCUGAUUUGGUGAAAAUUCACAGGAAUCUUACACAGGACAUCAAUGAUUCCAUUGUUAACAAAAAUGAUCAGAACCUAUAUCAAAUUUUUAUUAACUACAAGGAAAGGUUGGUUAUUUAUGGACAGUACUGCAGUCAAGUGGAGAUUGCAAUAUCAUGCUUAGACAAUAUCUCUAAGACAAAAGAAGAUGUUAAAUUGAAGUUAGAGGAAUGUUCCAAGAGAGCCAAUAAUGGGAAAUUUACACUGCGGGAUCUUUUAGUGGUUCCAAUGCAAAGAGUGCUAAAAUAUCACCUACUGCUCCAGGAACUGGUAAAGCACACUACUGAUCCCAUGGAGAAAGCAAAUCUAAAACUGGCACUUGAUGCAAUGAAGGACUUGGCUCAAUAUGUAAAUGAAGUAAAGAGAGAUAACGAAACGCUUCGGGAAAUUAGACAGUUUCAACUAUCGAUAGAGAAUUUGAACCAUUCCCUCUUACAGUAUGGGAGACCUCAAGGUGAUGGGGAAAUAAGGAUAACGACAUUAGACAAACGUGCGAGGCAAGACAGGCAUAUCUUCUUGUUUGAUCUAGCUGUCAUUGUUUGCAAACGGAGAGGGGAUAAUUAUGAAAUGAAGGAAAUAAUAGAUCUUCAGAAAUACAAAAUUACAAAUAACCCCACUACUGAUAAAGAAAAUAAGAAGUGGUCUUAUGGCUUCUACCUCAUUCAUAUCCAAGGUGAAAAUGGUUUAGAAGUUUAUUGCAAAACUAAAGACUUAAAGAAAAAAUGGCUUGAACAAUUUCAGAUGGCUCUGUCAAACAUCCGGCCAGACUAUGCAGAUACAAGCUUUCAUGAGUUCAAAAUGCAUACCUUCAGUCGGGUGACAUCUUGCAAAGUCUGUCAGAUGCUUCUGAGGGGAACAUUUUAUCAAGGCUAUUUAUGUUCUAAGUGUGGAGCUGGAGCACACAAAGAAUGUUUAGGAAGACUAGACAAUUGUGGCAGGGCUAAUUUAGGUGAACAUGGAAACGUGAAACAUGAGAAACGAACAAAUGGAAUUAGAAGAAGCUCUAGACAUGUGGACCCAGGUUUACCGAAAAUGCAAGUCAUUCGGAACUACAAUGGAAUCCCACAGCCAGCAGCACAAGAUGGGCCACCCUUGCAUAUUCAGAUUGGUGACACUAUUGAGCUCAUUAGAGGAGAUGCACACAGCUUAUUUUGGCAGGGAAGAAAUCUAACAACAGGAGAGCUUGGAUUCUUCCCUAGUGAUGCAGUAAAACCUAGCCCAUGUGUUCCUAAGCCAGUAGACUACUCUUCACAGCUGUGGUUUGCAGGAGCAAUGGAACGAUUGCAAGCAGAAAGUGAACUAAUCAACAGAGUAAAUAGCACUUACCUGGUGCGGCACAGGACCAAAGAAUCAGGAGAAUAUGCAAUUAGUAUUAAGUACAAUAACGAAGUGAAACACAUCAAGAUUUUAACAAGAGACGGCUUUUUCCACAUUGCAGAAAACAGAAAAUUUAAAAAUUUAAUGGAACUCGUAGAAUACUACAAGCACCAUUCUCUCAAAGAAGGUUUUCGAAGUUUGGAUACUACGCUUCAAUUUCCAUACAAAGAAUCUGAAAACUCAGUGGGACAGAGGAGUAACAGAACAGGUGGCAAUGUGCUGAGCCCGAAGGUGAUAGGCAUUGCCAUAGCCAGGUACGACUUCUGUGCACGAGACAUGCGGGAACUGUCCUUACUGAAAGGGGAUGUUGUCAAAAUUUAUACCAAGAUGAGUGCCAAUGGCUGGUGGAGAGGUGAAGUAAAUGGAAGGGUGGGCUGGUUUCCAUCAACUUAUGUUGAAGAGGAUGAAUGAAUUAAAAACUAUCCUCUGCUGACCAGAAGUUUCAGGGAUUGUAAAAAUUUAUAUCUUCAAUGUAUAAUUGGUCUUGUUAAGUAUUUAAACAGCAACAUUUUUGCCUCUCUGAACCUUCCAGUUUCAAUGUUGGGAUUUAUACAGAAGUUUGGGCUGACAGAUAAUUACCUUAUCUAGAGCUGUGCAAGACGCAAGCUGCCAGUUUGCCUUCACUGGGGACCAGUACAAAGUCCAACCUCACCUUCCCAGAAGAUCUCUGGAAAACAAAAUUCUUUGUUCCUUUUCAUUUCACCCUGAACUACACCAUGAGUACGAGAAAUGGCUGAAAAUUUAACAUGUCUCUUCUAGCUAACAUCUGUGAUGAUACAAGGAGAUGAAGGCUUAUUUUUCCUUAUCACUGCAUGCAGGAAACAGAUUUCAAUCAUUCCAGUGGCCAUAAAGAACAGUCAGUAGACUUGUCUUGAGACAUCAAACUACUUUACUUAUCAACUUACAAACCAUUUUACACUCACAGAAAUAUUCUGAAGGAUGUAGUAAAUAUGAGUAGCAUUCAUGCAUAUGUAACUAUUUAACUGGCUACUUUGAAGUCCUGCCUAAAUCUUCUAACAGUCUGUUUAAAGACAAUCUAAAAAGGUGUAGUGAUGUAGUAUUGCUUUAAAAAAACAUUGACAAAGUGGAAUUGUGUGAUCCUUUUAUUGUCAUCUAAAGCCUUUUUAUGUGAGGUUUUUUCAUUUAAGCAUCUGACAAUAAAAGUGCAACUGGGGGAGAUAGUCCUGACAAGAUGAGUUGAAAGUUUUUGGGAAUAGCAUUAAAUAAAUAUUGCAGACUUAUUCUGAAGGAGAAAAUACUAAUGCAAGAUUAUGUAAUUUCUCAUGAAGAAAAGUGUUUAACUCUUUUAUUGAUUUGGAUGAACUUUGAUUUCAACUCAGUACUGGCUUUUCCAGGAGUUUCUAUCACCUUCUGUGAAAGCAAAUAGAACUUGCAAACUUCUUUCUGCCCUUUCCUUUCUUGUUGCUUGGGAUGUUAAUGACAGUUCAAUGAGGGAGUUGUUGCAGUAUUCUCAACAUCCCCAAAUGUGUCUAGGUUAGGCAGCAUGAAAGAUCAGGCCUUGUAAAGUGGUGUCCACUGCUUGAUGAAGCAGUGUUUAAUGUAAUUAUGAAGCAGCAGAAAUGUAGUUAUAAGCUAAAAUAAAUGUGGGUGAUGUCUUCAGAUGUGCAGUUUUAAAUAUUUACGUAAUGUUACAGCUGGCUUGAAAACUUGAAAGAAAAUCAAGCUCUUAAAUGAAGUUAAUUCAUCCUGUCCCACAUCCUCUCUUUUGCUUUUGCCUGUCUUCUUUUUGUGUUGGCGUGUUAGAAUUUGUGUGCACUGACACUGCACAAUUUAACACUGCAGUGUUUUCCCAGUCUACAAGCAACAUAAACGCCACUAUUUGUCCACAGAGCAGAAUCUGCUAGUACAUAUUUGGAUUUCUCUUUGGCUGUCCCUAGGAUUCUUUGCUUUUUUCUGGCCUUUCCUGGCCAUCAAGAAGAAUCAAGCACAACACAGAGACUUCACAAAAUCUCCUUCAUCUCUGCAACCUUCUUACCCAAAUCUGCUACACCCGACAGGCAGUGUGUGUGACCAGGGGGAUGAGAGGAGCUUCUCGUUAGAAACUUGACUUGAGAGAUUCAGCCUUGCAGAUGACAUUCUGCCGAUGCUCUAGCUUUUCAAGGAUUUACCUCAAAAUUAUGUAAACUGUGAUUGUGUUGAGUACAUUACUUGAUGGAAUAAUUGAGAGCUUUUGUAAAUAUGUAGAUGAUGCAUAAAAAUUUUGUAAAUUAUGUGUACAGCAGUGUAGGCUAGAGUAUGCAGUCUUUGAUCAUGUUUUGCCAUGCAGUUUGAUUGCCUAUUGUCAGCUUAAUCCUAUAUUCCUUAAGUAGACAAAGAUGCUUCUUUCCCAAUUUUGCCUGCUUAAGGGGUAGAGGAAUAGGCUGUAGGUCUGUGAAGUGUUUAGUGCUUUACUGUCAUAUAGUUCUGAGAAGAGGCAGUUAAAUUCAGUACAAGUUGAAAAAUAUAUCAGUCAUUUUCAACAGCUUGGGUUUAGAAUCAUUUUGAGUGUUCUCUUCAUCCUAAAAAUGUUGUAAAGCUUUUAAGCAAUUCUGGAGUCCAGUAGGCAUCCUUUGAGAAGAAUGAAAGCCGUAGGUAAACCUUACUUUUGUGGCAUAAAUCUACAUAUCAUUGUCUGUGUUUAAUGCCCUGUAUUGAUUGAGUUAAUGCUGCAUCUUAAACUAUAUUUUGAGUACCAAAGAAUUCCUAAAUAUUCUGGAGCAUCUCUUUCAUGUGCUGCUUUUGCCUGUAUGGAGUUGUUUUGUCAUGCAGUAAUGGAGUUACAGUACUUUAAUUUGUACUAUUUUGUAAAUAUGUUAAAUAUAAUAAACUGGUUAAUUUUUUUGUUUAAUGAUGUGUCAAAAUGUGUAAUUUGCUGCUGUGAAAGUUGUGCUUCAUUUGUCUCACCACCUUCUCAUUGUGAGAAAUUGAUAAUGGUUUGUUUUGGUCUCCAAGAUUUACAUAAUCCUUAUUUAGCUGUAAAACUGAACUGUGUAAGUGGAAUAGUAUAGCUUUCCUUGAGAAAUUUUUAUUGUUGGGACAA